UACGUCGAGUGCGGCAUGAGUCCGCUGUGCCACAAGAACCAGAUCCUCGUGUCGCUGCUGGCGCGGCAGCAGAGCACGCCGCCCACGCCCGCGCAGCUGACCGGCCCCGUGACCCGCGCCUACCCGCCGCGCUCGCGGCCGCCGCUCCUCGCGCCGCACCACCCCCACUCGCCCCGGCAGCACCACACGCUCUCUAAUAUACUCAGCAAUCGCGGCGGCCACGUGAACGGGUCCAGUGACAACAGCGGCCAGUCGCACCUGCAGCUCGUGUUGCAGGGCGCGGCCGGCGUGCGGCCCCCGUACCCGCAGCACGCCGCGCACGCGCCGCACCCGCUGCAGUACGCGGCGCCCGCGCCCGCACCGCACCACGGCUACACGACGCACGGGAAUAUUCGAGUCCAAACGGUGGGAAAUAACAGCGAUAAUGAACCACCAAGCGAUAAGACUUUGUCUGAAAUUCUGGACGAAUUGAUAGAUAACAACGAUAGACCCGCGCAGGAGCACUCUCUUAUGGACCUGGAAAGACAUAGAAAUGACUACCAGGGUGUAAAGGAGAAGAAUGCGGCGAUUAAUGCGAUUACGCAAAGUUUAAUGCAGUGCGAGACUGUCAGCAAGAGCCCAGUUUGCUCAAGUCCCGGCACUCCCCCUGUGCCUGUCUAUCCGGUACAGAGUCCCGGCGCGUGCACCAUGGGCGGGAACGCUAGUGCGGCGGCCAUGUUCGGGCUCCAGCGGGACGCGCAGUCGGCGCGGGUGCGGGCCAACUACGAGCGGGCGCGCCUCUUGCACAUGCAGGAGUCGCAGCAGAUGCUCGUCUCUCCGGAGGCUGCUGAGCAGCCGCAAUCCGACCUGGGCUCCACGAUCAACGCGCUGGUGUCGGGCACGCCACCAAAUGUGGCCGUCACGCAGCUGCUACCCUCGCCCGACUUCCAUCGUCUAUACCAUCCCGCAGGUCAAAUGAAUGCAAGCUAUGGCACCACCACCAAUAAGAUAGUGACGUCACAACAUAACCCCAUGAUCAACAUGAACCGACAAAUGCACAACGCCGGCGGCGGAUACGUGUCAGGCGUGGCCGCGCUUCACACGCCACACACGCCGGUCACCCCGCAGCCCUACCACCGCGCGCCGCGACCACACCUCGGUUUAGGAGGUUCAGCGAGCGCGGGGGGCGCGGGGGGCGUGUCCGGGGGCGGCACCUCGGAGUACGUGCGGAACGAGCUGCGGGCCGUGGUGGGCGCGCGGGCCCGGCCCGACGGUCUCGCGCUGCGGGCCGCCGACCUGGACUCGCUGCUGCCCUACGACAUGGCCGCGCCCGAGUACUACGGCGGGCCAGGCGGGGCCGGCCGGUGAUGAGCCGGGGGCGGGCCCGGGCGCCGCGCCCUCUAGCGCGUCUCUGCUUCAGAAGCUGCUGUCGCAGUGACGCGGCACGCCACACUCGCGACACGCCACACUCGCGACACGCCACACUCGCGACACGCCACACUCGCGACACCUUCCACGGAUGCAUUUAUGGACCGCGAUCAAUCGCCCCCUGCUGUCCCCGCCCACUGCGGCCACCGACCUCCUCCUAGUACUGUAGUCGUGCUAGUGAUACUCCGACACUUGAUUGUGAUUCUUACACUCUGUAUCUAUGUAUAGUUUUGUUAGUCGUAUAAGUCUUAACGGAUGAACCGCAUCAGCUUCCAGUUGUCUGGCCCGCAAGGUUGAGUUUGUACACAUACCGUGCAAUAUUUAAACAAUUUAAACACAUGUUUUGGCGUUGUAAACGUUUUUGUAUUAUAGUUUGAAAGUCAAAUGUUACCUGUUAUGACAAAAUAAGUUGUAUUAUUCGAUGGGUUGAGUGUGCUAUGUGCUAUGCCUCGGUCCCGAUGCUCAUACAAUUUCAAAAGAGUUUCAAUUCGUUGCUUGUCGAUUUUUCUUUACACGUAUAUUUGAUAUACUUUGUUAUUUUGUAUGAAAUUAUAUAUCAAUCUGCCGUUGAUCGAUUUGACAUGUUUUUAUAUAUUAGUCUAUGAGCAAAGGGUCUCAGGUCAUAAUGUGUAAAUAAUGUGUUGUUAAAUUAUAAAAAUUGUUGUUUUAGUGUAAAUAUUUUAUUAUAGUUUGCAAUGUUUGCGUUUUAUUUUGAAUAAUGCUAUUUUAAUUUUUAUCUUUGUUUAUUUCUUGUUUGACAUAUUAUAAAGAAAUCAUACUUUUAUUGAUAAAAGCUAGACAUUAAUAAUCAUUAAUUUUAAAUAAUACUUGUAAUGGGUGUAACAUCCAUGGAGUGAUAUUAUUUAUUAUUAUUUUUAUAUUAUCUGAAUUAACAUUUUUAAUUACACAUAAUAAUUUGAUUUAAUACUUUUAGACCAGAACAAAAGUGAAUAUUACAAGUAAUCAAUACACUGUUUCGGGCUUCUCUUACCCUUAUAUCUUUUGCUAAAUAUUUGCGAUUUCGGUUUACCAAUACCCACCUAGAAACUCCGUGAGUGGAGAUAAAAUACCAGAACUUUUCAAGGUAUGUCCGAUAGUAAUUUAAAUAAUAUAUUAUAAUAAUAGUUUUCUCUAAAAUACAUACAUUGCAUAGUUCUUUAACAGCUUUGGUGAUUCUUACUGGUUACAUCCCGAUUAUAUAAAGUUGGUGCUCCAUUAUGUAGCUUCAUAUUGUUAAAACUAGAUUGUCUUUAUGAACUUUUUGUUUCUUGAAAACGUCGUCGAUACAUUUGUAUUUGAAGACUCUUAUAACAACAUUACUUAUAGUGUUGUUUUGAUUAUAAGCGUAUGCGAUCCCGGAACUUGUAUCAGAAAAUGCGAGAAAAACCAAUUGAUAUUGAGAGGUCUGUUAAAAUUGCUACUUGAAGCACUUCCAUAUACACAUGAUAUUAAACCCGUACAAGUAUAUAUUGUUCAAAAUUAUGUCAUUUACAAUUGGUCAAAUUAGUACACACGUGCACGUACACGCUUCACUGGCGGUCGCUGUGCGUGCACGUGCACUAAUUUAAUGCUAAUACUCGUGCUACCUCAAAUGAUGAAUUAAUUACUGGACAUGAAUUAUAGUUAUUAUAAUUAAGUUUUGAUUAUUGUUUAUUUUUUUUAAUUUUCAUUAAAUUCAAUUUUUAAUCGUAUGAAUGAUUGUAAAUGACUCAAUGUUUAGAUUAACUUCCAUUGUGUUUGUUCUCUAUAUUAUUAUUUGCGUUUCACAGUUUGGUUGUUGUCAUUAUUGAAACAGACCUUUUAUUUUUGUGUGUCAAACAAAAUGUGCUCAAUUUGUAUAAAAUCUCUCUGUGCUAGGUUUUAUUAUGUGUACCUAGUAUCCUCUUUAUGUCUAUUGUGGCAGUUGAGUGUCAUUUACGAGUAGAUUAAUUAAUCAAUCAAUAUUUUUAAUUAAAAUUAAUAAGCGUAAAUUAAAUGUUGCACUCAUUCAUUUCCAUCAAGUAUGCGUGACCACUCUUUACUGUUAAACGCUACUCAGUGAAGACUGCUCAACGUAUACUAUCUUUCAACAUCACAUUUCCAAUACGAACACAUAACAUCUCUGUCACAUACCUAUUUGUAAGGAUAUUUAAAUUUGAAUGAGAUUCGGCCUGAUAUUUUGCUUAUGAACAAAACUGGGAAAGGCCUUUGUUAAAAGGUAAAUUACAAAUAAUUACGGUAGAUUUGUGAAUGAACAAUGUAGCCCACUAAUUAAGCGUCACUUUAUCGUUAAUUACGAGCACAUAUUGUAAUAAUAUUUAGAAUCGCACAAUGUUUCAUUCGUCGUAUCAAUUUUAAGUGUUGUUUGAAGUUGAUCGAGUGUCGGGUGUCGGGACCAGAUCGAUACAAAAGCUCAAUACUUGUAAACGAACUGUUAACACGACAAACUUAUACUACUAUUAACAUUAUAAAGUUAAUUUCAAUUGCAUGUAAAUUAUAUCUCAUAAUAUUAAAUUAAAAGGACACGGCCAAAACAGUAUAUACCUACCAUGUACACAUACAUAGUAAAUUCAUUCUAUAAUAUAGGAUAGAAAGAUGAAAUAAUACGUCAUUUCAGGGGUCCACCCUGUGAACUUGUCAGUUUCGAUUUCAAAAUAUUUAUAAAUACAACGAUAUAUUCGUAAACUACCGCCAUAAUGCACCAUGCAAAAUGUUAAAGAUAAGUGUACGUUCCUCAUAACUACAUACCUACACCAGUUAUACUUACUACAAUAUGUGGCUAUGGAUACUACAGUAAACAUGUCAUUUAAAUGCUUAUUUUAGUAACAGUAUAUUAAAUCAAAACUGUCUUUAUUUCAUAUUUUUCCAUUCAUGGAACGCAUUUACAUUUUUGUCAAUCGUCGUAACAAUGUUGAUGUUACGACUGUUUGCUAUUUUAAAACGCCUGUAGGUCUUUACGCGCAAUAAUACUCAAACGUGUUUCUAAUUGCAUACAUAAGUGUCAACAAUUUGUAACGUUUGCGUCUAUUUUCUUGAAAUGACAUCUUUCAGUUUUUUUUUUUCUAGUAAUUUAAAGUGUCAUUAUGUACGAAUAUAAAACACCAAACAUGAUUCGUGUUCAAUAAAUCCUAUAGAGAAAUUGGCCAUGUCCUUUUGUAUUGAUACGAUUAACAUUAAUUGUAAAUAGUUGUCAAUCAAUUAUUGUAAGAUGAGUUGUGACGUGUCUCAUCUAGUUGAAAUGUAUUUUGAAAGGAUUGUUAAGUGAUCUACAAAUGUGAAAGGCUUCCACUUCCACUACCUAAUGUCUUGUCCUAAUGUUAUGUCUUCAAUAUAGUUCGACUUUCUAGUGAGUAGCUACUAUGUAGAUAUAGUCUGACUUACCAACCAUAGUUGUAGAGUAUGAAAAUGUGAUUUAAUACCUAAAAAUGAACGUACAAAUGAUAAGUAGAGUACCGAGUAAACCAAAUAAAAAAUGUAAGCUGAAUAAGAAGUAAAUACUUAUAAAAUAUUUUUGUACCUUAACAUGUAAUAGUACUGGCAACUUAUCUACGCUGGCAUUUUUAUAGUGAGAUAAAGCUUUAUGAUAUCCCAUUAACGUCGCAAUACUGAAUUCAUUCCAUUUGAUCGGUUACGGGAGACGUGCUGCUGUAUGAGCAACGAUCGCUUCAUAAUUAUAGUACCCGAUGAUAAAUAGUACAAGAAAUGGCCUUAUGUGGACGCCGCGCGCAGUUCCCGCGUGUGUCGUGACUCGGGCGUGGCGUCAAACACAAGCAUGUUGUUUUACGUUACUACUCACUAUACCUAUUAAAUAAUAAAUGUGGUCGAGAAAUAAUAUUUUUUAAAUGUUUAUAAUGAAAUAGAUAAAAUGUCUCAAUUGAGUAUUACACGUCCAUUUACGAUAAUGGUUUUCUCCGAUUUUAAAUGAACGCGUGGGUGCCUCAUCACUAGAUUAAAAAAAGUAUUUUUCAAUGUCGACUUUGACAGAUUAUACAUAUUAUAAAUGUAACGGCAACUUAAAUUGUAAAUAAAUUGUGUAAUAUGAUGAAAAUAAAACAAAAAUUAUAAAUCACUAUGAAUUUUAUGAAAGAGUUUUUGGCCUUGGAAUGAAAAUACGUGGUAACAAGUUGGUGAUAGUUGUUUGAAGCUUAUGCUUGAGAAUCAUAGAUACGGUAUUUUUAUAUAUUGUUAUGGAAUAAUGUUAUAAUAAUAAACAUGCAGUUAGUAUACCUACGAUUGUAAACCGUUUACAAAUAUUAGUUUUACAAACUAUGUUUUUUCUUUUUAUAUCAAAUAUUUAAAGAAACUACAUCUGUAUAAGUCAUUACGAUAUUACAUUGAAACAAUUCAAAAAGAACCGCGUUAAGCGUAGAUUAAGGACAUUUGAUGUUAAAAUUGCUUAAAAGUUUGAAAGAAGGUCCCGAUAAGAUGCGUGAAGUAUCGUGUGAUUGUCGCGACAUAGUUGUUUAAUUAUAAAUGUCACUGUGUCGCUGUCUCGAGCCCCUCGGGCGGCUCUGAGUAUUGAACCUGUAGUUGGUAUGUAACACCAACUUACAAUUUAUUAUGAGGUGUAUUUAUAUGGUUAGUCAGUGGCUAGAAUUGGGUUUAAAAAAUCAUCAUCGAAUAGUUAUUCCUAUAUGUAAUAUUAUAUAAAUAAUAUUUUGAUAUAUACAAAUUAAAUUGUUAUUGGCCUUUAUCGUAAGGAAUGUUACUCAAACGCAAAAUAAAUUAUAAUUGAUAUAAAUAUUAUGAAUUACGCAUCUCUUUAAUCGAUAUUUACCUCAUUAAGUAAAUACGGAUGAAUAGUUUUGGAUUCAAGAUAUAUACCAAGCAGCCGUGAUCGGUUGAUUAAUAUAUAUAUUAAAUGAAAUAAUAUCGGUUGACGGUAUCUGUAGGAGAGGAGAGGAGAGGUGUUCUCGACCACCAUACCAUAAGACCACACCGCCACAGUACGAUCGGCUCCUCCGGAUAAUGGAACUCACAGUUAAUGUAGCGUUUAAAUGUCAUUAUUAAAUUCUUAGAUGUUGUCAAAUAAGGACAUGCUAGAUUUUAAAGUUAGUUUAAUAAUUUUCAAAGUUAAAUUAAAGAUUAUCUAUGUAUAUCACAGAGUUACAAAGUUCGGAUUUUAUACACGUAAGAAAGUGAUUGGUGUAAAAUUUAUUUUUGCAAAAUAAUAUAAUUCCCACCACACAGAGUAAUAAACUAGUGACAAAAGUGAUACAGUAGGGUCCAACGCUCCAUCCACUGCUGCAGCACACCGAGGGACUGGUAUAAAUGUGAUAAGUGUUACUCUGUGCCGGGGAGGCGGGAGACGUGAGAAACAUUGAUGGGUACGGGAAUCUUUGUUUCAGGUGGAAAACAUAAUUAGUACAUAGAUAUUAUUGUAGAUAUCUCGCGAUACACGUACUUGUCGUGUGAUAAUAUUGUAUAGUAGGAUGACAGUCGCUAACACUGCGAGGCCGCGAUCCCGUACAAUGUUGGUUUUAUGUUUUGUAUAAAAUCAAGCCUCGUGUCUUGGCCUGUCGUCUGCCGCAGUCCGGCGUACAUGACGGACGCACUCACUAAUUAUGUUUUCAUAAGUAAGCUAAACGAUAUUAGUGGGCGGGGCAGGGCCGGGGCGUGGAGCGCCAGGGGCGUGUCAGACACGCCCCGACACGUGCGUGUCGGUGACGCGUCCCGCCUCGGCCGCCGCUCGCCCGUCGCUGUGUCUGUGUUAUUUAGUUGUUUAUCAUAAGUUAGAGCUCUUUGUGUUGCGGAGCCUCUCCAAGCGCUGUAUGUAUGUCUGUCUAUAUGUUGUAAAUAGCUAAAGUACAUUAUAUUUUUACGAUUAGAUUACACAACCAAAGUUGUUAUAAAAGUGAUGGUUGAUUUAAUGAUUAAUUUGAUAUAAUCGGUUACGUUUAUCGUUAAUAAAGUUGCGUGUUAAACGUGGAACAUGUUACACCACCCUCAUAUUGGGCCGAACGUUUGCAACACAGGUUGUUCGGUCCGCCCAAAAGAUAUCAGCGCUGCUUCAUCUAUUUUGUUCGUGACGGAUGAUCAGCCAUUGACCACGGCAGUCAUCAAUCACAGCCAGCUAGACACGGCUAUUCGUAAUGCAUCAGGUACAUAUUAUUAAUUUUAUUCAUUGAUAAAACAGCCGUUUAAGUACAUUACGUUUAAGUUGUAUUUUUUUGUACAUUUUAGAUUCGAAAAUAUAUUAAUAUCUAAAUAA